GGCGAGAGAGAGGAGAGGCGAGCGGUGUGAAAGGCGGGACUCACGCACUUGUUCACCAUGUCGAGCCCCGGGUCGAGUACAGCGAGGAGGGAAGGGGACGGGUGGACCAUGGUCGACCGCUGCGUUUCCGAGCUCAUGGAGAACGAAAGCAUCGGCGACAUGACCCUCCCGCCGCUGCCCCAGUUCGACGGCGAGGGGCCAAGGGAGGACUACCACACCAGCAGCAGCAGGAGCAGCAGCGGCGACAGCGAGGACGAAGACGACGAUGACGAUGACGAUGCCUAUGCGUACGACGACCAAGGGUGGUCGGGCGAUGAGGAGAAGCCCCUGACGUACGGAGAAGAGCAGGUUCCCGCUACCGCGUGGCCGGACACCGACGACGCCGACGACAUCACCGCGACGGCUACCGCGUGGCCGGACACCGACGACGCCGACGACAUCACCGCGACGGCGGCCACGUUGGCCGGCUUUGGCGCUACCUCCGCCGCCGCCGCCGCCGCCGCUGCUGCUGCCGGAGUGUCCGGUACAAGGCGGAGGCCGGUGGCGGCCGCCGCCACUUCCCGGAGGCCGGCGGGGCGCCGUCGAGAGCGGGCUGCGGGCCUAGCAGUCGGGGUCUCGUCUCCGUCCGUGUCCCCUACCCGUCCCCCCCGUCGCCGGGGAGGAGGAGGAGGAGGAGGAGGCCGCACCGAGCGAAGCGGGCGCCGCGUGGACGAAGGGCCACCGCCCCUCCAGUCAGCGUCGGAGGCAUCCAACGACGCCUCCUCCUCCUCCGAGUUUCCCUCCUCCUCGUCCUCUUCCUCGGAAGGACAGGAAGAGGGACGGCGCGAGGGAGCGCCGUUGUCGACCGGAGCGCGGGGCCCCGUGGUUCUGCCGGUAGGGGGUGGUGGGGCCGAGAGCGGCGGCGGCGUCGGCGGCGGCAGCGGACUCGUGCCGUUUUCUCUGUCGGAGCUCACGUGCGUGGUUUCGGAGACCGUUUCGGAUGUGACGGGGGGUUCCGCGGCGAGCAGUCCCUUCAGAGGCCUGACGCCCUCCUCCCUCGUGCCGCUCGGCCCGCUCCUGGACUGGGAAGGAGGGAGCAAAGGCGGCGGCGGUGGGACAAACAUGAAUAUGAGCGCGUCCCUGGCCGGUUUCGCCGGGUACAAGUCCGCUCUGCUGGAGGCGCGGCGAGCGGCCGCGGCAGAGGAGCAGGGGGAGUUCUGGCAGAGGCGUGCCAGCUCCGCCGAGAAGGCCAAGGACCAGCUCCAGAAGGUGGUGGCCCAGCAGAAGGCUCAGAUCGCCGAGCUGCUGGAGCGGUGCGCAUCGCUCGAAGACGAGAAAGCGGCGCCCUCCGCCGCGGCGUCGUCCGCCCCCGGGGAUGGAACGACCCCGUCCCCUACCGUCGUGGGCGAACAGGACAACGCCACCGCCGGAGGCGGUGCUGCAUCACGUACCGCCGCUGCUGCCCACAGCAGUGCCGGGCGUGGGCAACGGCGGGGGUCGGGGAGAGGGAGAAUCGGGACAGCGGAGGAGAUGGGAGAAGCGAGGGCUGCCUCUUCUGUCGUCGUUGCUGGCGGUGCUGCUGCGGGGGAAGAGGAAGAGAAGGGGGAGGGGGCAGGGGUCGGGGAAGCGUUGGCGUGCAUCGGGGGCAUCGCGUUUACGAGGUUCUCUGUCGGACAGGUUGCCAUGUUCUUCCCCACACCGGAGGGCAACUUCUUGGCGUUCAACGUCGGAUGCCCCCGGCACUUCCUGUCUAAGGAGAGCCAAGACCUGGUGGGCAGGGACGAGCACUUCCGUUCCUACUACGUGCUCGGCCGGAUAAUCGAGAUUCGGGACCAAACUUGCGAGGAGGAAAACCCGUACAGCCUGCCGGUAGGGCAGUCAAUCAUGGUCGUGUCGGUGGAGAGCAUCACUCCGGACCUUCACCGCGCCGGCGUUGUCCCCUGCAAGUAA